AUGGUGGUUCCUGGGUUGGGAGAGCUAGGGGCCGAGAGGAAUGAGUAUAGAGCUUCAGUUUUAGAGGAUAAGAGUUCUGGAGAUUGGGCCUCCUUCUUCUGCCGCUCCUGGUGGUGCCUGUGUGCUCGUUCAGUGCGGACCUGGUACCUCUUUUGUGAAGCGGCAGCUGAGGAGACUCGGGUGCUCGCCAAGGCAGAUGAAAAGCCUAAGGAAGGAGUCAAGACUGAGAACGACGAUCACAUAAAUUUAAAGGUGGCGGGACAGGAUGGUUCUGUGGUGCAGUUUAAGAUUAAGAGGCAUACACCACUUAGUAAACUAAUGAAAGCCUAUUGUGAACAACAGGGUUUGUCAAUGAGGCAGAUCAGAUUCCGAUUUGAUGGGCAGCCCAUCAAUGAAACAGACAUGCCUGCACAGUUGGAAAUGGAGGAUGAAGAUACAAUUGAUGUGUUCCAACAGCAGACAGGAGGUGUCUACUAA